CCCUCUCUCCAAUGAAAUAUCUCCCUUCAGGAUCAGCUGCGGAUCGUGUAAGUAAGCGGAUCGUGCUCGGCGAGACCACCGACGGUGAAAGCUCCCCUCCCGGCGCCGCGGUCUCUUUGUUGACCCCCCUGGACCCACUCCGCCAGGCAAAGCGCCUCCCUAUCCGAGUUAUCAAGAUGUUGACCGCGCACACCGGACACUUGCUACACCCGGAGUAUUUACAGCCCUUGACGUCCGCGCCAGUGAGCAUCGAGCUGGAUGCCAAGAAGAGUCCCUUGGCCCUCCUAGCGCAGACCUGUUCUCAGAUUGGUAAACCAGACCCUCCAUCUUCCUCUAAGCUGGGCUCCUCCUGCAGCCAGGGGGACAAGGAGCCCGGCAGUCGGUCGUCCGUCUCCAGCCUGAAGCUUGGGGAGCACCGCCCCUCUCUGGAGGACAAAUCCAGCUUCAAGCCCUAUAACAAAGGCAGCGGGGACUGUCGCAGAGACGGAGUCACCAGCAGCAGCGAUAAAGUCGGGUUCAGAGUACCCAGCAAUAAUGUUACCACUAAUGGAAAUUCAGCCAGUGGCCAGCAGUCCUAUCCAUCCCACGCUGCUUCACCCAGCUCGAGAGCCAGCAGCGGCUCCCCACCAGGACUCGCUCAGCAGCAGCAGCAGCAGCAGCAGCCUCGCAAACAGAGCCAGUCACCUGCUGGACAGGCCACGUCACACUCCCAGACUCCCAGCGGAGAGACUGCACAUGAGCGAGGCAGUCCUGCCGUCACGAGCAGCGGCAAUAAUAAUAAUAAUCAUCCCAAAAAAGACGAUGUAAACAAGGCCAACCAGGACAGUCCGCACCACGCAAACUCCAGCCACGUUCGAGCCAGCGCAAACUGCAGUAACGGCAGCUCAGAUGGCGGUUCCAACCACGAGGGAGGUAAGGCAGAGUCUGCCCAGCCUAACCUCGUCCCUGGACACAUUACACCCAUCUCUCCUUACAAGACAAGCCAACCACUCUUCCCCCUGCCCUCUUCUAAUAUGGGCUACCAUGGAUCUGUAGUGGGGGCCUACGCAGGGUACCCGUCUCAGUUCGUUCCUGGACUGGACCCGACAAAGUCAAGCAUCAGCGUGGGAAGUAUGGCAGUCCCGGGAAAGCACCCGAGUUCUAGCCCUCUCACGGGAGCCUCCCCUCCUUCCUUCAUGCAGGGUUUAUGCAGGGACCCCUACUGUCUAAGCUACCCGAGUGUAUCUCAUCUCGGCGGAAGCAACUGCAACUCUUGCAUCCACGACCCUUCCUCCACCCUCAAAUCGAGCUUCCCAUUGGUGUAUCCCUCCCACCCGCUCCACUCCCUCCACCAGAGCUCCCUGUCAUCCAGCGCGUCCUCCUCCCUCUCCCAUCCCCUCUACACAUACGGCUUCAUGCUCCCCAACGACCCCCUGCCUCACGCCUGCAACUGGGUCUCAGCCGGGGGGCCCUGCGACAAACGUUUCGCCACUUCAGAUGAGCUCCUGGCCCACCUCCGCACACACACAGCCCUGUCUGUGGGAAUGGACAGUAAGCUGCUCUCUGUUUCCUCCUCUGGACCUGCCUCCUGCCACCUUCACCUCCCCCACCAGAGCAGCCCAGGCUCCAUGCCCAGCUCCCUCUCUCUCAGGGCUCCCCCCAGUCUGGGUUUAGCUCGCUAUCACCCCUACAGUAAGGUCCAUCUGCCCCCUGGUCCCUCCUCCAUUUCCCUGCACUCUUUGCCAACUACAGGCCCGUACUACCCUCACUACGCCCUCUACAGUCAAAGACUUGGAUCCGCAUCUGCGCUGGGAUACCAGUGAUAGACCCUCUGCUUAAAAUGUUCAAAGUAAUAGUUUGACAAUUUGGGAAAUGUGCUUAUUUGCUUUCUGGUGGAGAGUUAGAUGAGAAGAUUGCUUCUACCUUUGUAUCUAAAAAAAUAAGGCUACCGCCAGCAGCCAGUUAGCUUAGCUUAGCAAAAACACCGGAAACAGGGAAACAGCUAGCCUGGCUCCACCUAUGAACUCCUCCAAAGCUCAUUAAUAAAUGCCUUUUGUCUUGUUUGUUUGAUACGUUAAAAAAUUUUUUAAAAAAGUGUAAAAACUACAGACUACAGAAACUGCAGAUUAUUUUCUUGAUUAAUCGACUAAUCGUUCAUCACAAGAGCUUAAAGCAAAUAUUUUGUUUUGAUCAACGAACAAUCCAAAACUCAGAGAAAUUUCAUUUACGAUCAUAUGUGGCCAGAAAAAUCCUCACAAGUGAGAAGCAGGCCCCAGUAAAUGUAAUGUUUGGAAUUUUUGAUUUUGAUGAAUGAAUUAUCAAAGUAGUCGCUGAUUAGUUUUUCUUUCGAUCAAGUGAUUGAUCAAUCGACCAACUGUCUGAGCUCUAGUGUUAAUUAGUACCCAACUGUGGUGAGCUUUCACCUUUGGAUGGAGCCAGGCCAGCCGGUCUUUGUUCCAAGCUAAGCUGAGCUCACUAGCUGCUGGCUGUGGCCUCGUAUUUAUCGGACGGACGUGAUAGUCGUAUCAGUCUUCUCUUUUAAGCGUCUGCCAGAGAGCCAGUAAGUUCAUUUUCCAAAAUGUCAGAGUAUUACUCUGAGUUUGUACUUAACGGCGGCAAGUUGCUGCUUCUUGUUACUGGACUGGAUUUAAGUAGGAUGGGAGCACAAGUCCUGGAUUUUGACUUGAGAGCAUCUUCACGCUUUCUUUAUAUGUUAUAUAUGAGAUGUGGUGUUUUCUAAUCGAGCUCCACUCCUGAAGAUCAGAGGACACGUGGCUCUUGCAUGUCUGCACAUUGCUCGGAUACUUUUGCAGCAGACAUGACUGCCCUUAGGUGACUUUUGCCGCACCGUGGGCUUGGCAAAUUGACGGUUGGACGCUGGCUCCUGGAUGUUCAGGGUUCUCGCUGCAAAUGAUGAUGACCUGGUGCUGGAAAAUGUAGUUUUAGCAAGGUUGGCAGUUAGCUGAUGGGCUGAUGUACGUGUGUCCACAGUCGCUUUCUCCCUGCAAGAGAUGCAUGUAAGCUCAACACGGGAUACACACUUAACUGUUUAUUCGGCCCCCUGGUUUGUGAUGAUUUGUUUUGGUUCUUUAUGUUUUGUUUAUUCCUACUGAGAAGCUGUAUUUAUUUUAUACCGGGAAUCUAGCUUUCAUCUUUAUCAUAUAAAUCUAUUCUCAUUUUACAGUCCUCUGAGCAAACAUGUGGGAAGCCCGAGUCAGAGGUUGAAUAUGUCUUGUCUUAACACUUCUCGAGAAUGAAUGUUGAAAUCACAUCUCUCUCUGAACUCCUCAGCUCUUUGAUUUCUUUAUUUUCACAGCAAAUCAAUAAAAAUGGGAUGUGAUAUUUUUUUGUAAAAUUGGGGCACCCUGUGGUGGUAUCCAGUGAAAGGGGAGGUCAUAUUUUGUUAAAUAAAUCACACUGAAGAUGCA